AUGCAAAGCCUAGCCACUUUAGUAAUUGUUAUCUUACUAGAGAGCUUAUUGUUUCAUGUUUACGGCCUUCAUGAACUUACUUCACAUGACAUAUUAGAACAUUCAUCUCCAUUUCCUUCAGAUUUCCUCUUUGGCACAGCUUCUUCCGCUUACCAGUACGAAGGUGCGUACUUGACCGAUGGAAAAAGUCUUAACAACUGGGAUGUCUUUACACAUAAACACCCUGAGAACAUACGUGAUGGGAGCAAUGGAGAUGUUGCUGUGGAUCAGUAUCAUCGGUUUAUGGAGGACAUCGACUUAAUGACUUCCCUUGGAGUGAAGAGCUACAGAUUUUCAAUUUCUUGGUCUAGAGUCUUACCAAGAGGAAGAUUUGGAGGGAUUAAUUAUUCGGGAAUACAGUAUUACAACAUAGUAAUUGAUGCUCUCAUUAGUAAAGGGAUCGAACCAUUUGUGACGUUGAACCAUAUGGACUAUCCUCAAGAAUUUGAGAACCGUUUUCAAAGUUGGUUAAGCCCCGAGAUGCAGAAAGAAUUUGUUUAUUUGGCUGAUCUAUGUUUCAAGCAUUUUGGAAACCGAGUUAAGUACUGGACCACGAUAAAUGAACCAAAUCAACAAUUAAUCUUCGGCUAUAUAACCGGUACCUUUCCACCGGCUCGCUGCUCCUCACCGUAUGGAAAUUGUAGCCAGGGGAAUUCAGAAACCGAGCCUUUCAUAGCCGCGCAUAACACAAUCCUCGCACAUGCAAAAGCCGUUAACAUAUACCAAACCAAGUAUCAGAAUAAACAAAACGGAAGCAUUGGCAUUGUUGUACAAACAUCAUGGUUUGAACCUGUAAGCGAUUCCACUGUGGAUAAAGAAGCAGCUGAGAGGGCUCAGUCAUUUUACUCGAACUGGAUUUUAGAUCCCGUUAUGUAUGGGACAUAUCCAAAAGAAAUGGUGAAUAUACUUGGACCAGCAUUGCCGAGAUUUUCGACCAAUGAAAUGAAUAUCUUAAAGAACUCAAGAAUAGAUUUUAUGGGUAUCAAUCACUAUACAAGUUACUUCAUCCAAGACUGUUUGAUAUCUUCUUGUAACACUGGGUCUGGAGCUUUUAAAGCCGAAGGAUUUGCUCUCAAAUUAGGCCGGACAGGCAACGUCACCAUCGGUGAACUUACAGACAUAAAUUGGCAGCAUAUUGAUCCUAAAGGAUUCCGAAAGAUGCUAUAUUAUCUGAAAAAUAGGUAUCCGGACAUACCAAUAUACAUAACAGAAAAUGGUUUUGGAGACUUGCAAAAACCCGAAACAACGGUUAAAGAACUUCUAAAUGAUACAAAAAGAAUCCAAUACAUGAGUGGAUACUUGGAAGCUUUACAAGCAGCAAUGAGAGAUGGCGUAAAUGUAAAAGGCUAUUUCGCAUGGUCACUAUUAGAUAAUUUUGAGUGGGUAUCCGGAUACAAGGUUCGAUUUGGGCUAUUUCACGUGGAUCAUACAACUCUUAAAAGAACACCGAAGGAAUCAGCUUCUUGGUAUAAAAGGUUCAUAGAUGAACACGUCAAUACAAGAGAUCUCAUAGAUAAUUAA